AUGCUUGAAAGAUGCAGUUACGACUACCUCCAGAUCUUCGAAACUACCUGGAAUGAUACAUCGUCCUCGUCGACCGAAAACUCCAACAACUCAUCAGCAACGACUCCUCGGCUGUGCGGCGACUGGAGCGCCAAACUGAAACUGUUACGUUACGUCAGUCGCUCUUCCAGACUGAAGCUGAGGUUUAGUGCCGAUUACUCUCACCAUUUCGGAGGAUUCAAAGCCCGCGUCUCCAUGGAAAACGCGUUUCAAUGUGCAGAUGACCGUUUUUUUAUGUUCAACAACUCGUGCUACCUCAUUGUCAGCUAUCCAGAAGUUACUUGGAAUACCUCCCAGCAGAUAUGUCAAGGAAUGAAAGCUAGUUUGGCGUCAGUUUUAAGUCCAGAAGAAGAACGUUUUAUUUCUUCCAGUAUUCGAAGAGCACCUGAGUAUCGUACAAGUGCAAUUUAUUGGUUAGGGGCCAUAUCCACAGCAUCCACGGACUUUGAGUGGAUCGACGGCUCUCCGAUGGGAUACACGGCGUGGCUUCCCGGCUUGGCUCCUACCGACAACGACCUGCUCCGACACGUCGAAGAAGUGACGUGUUUGAGCAUGCAGUGGACGCCGGCGCCUGGGCCUACACUCCAGAGCGGCUUGUAUUGGACAGUUCACCGAUGCGAAGCCCUAGGAGGAUACGUGUGUAAGAAACAACACCAGCUUAUGGUAGCCGGUAACAACUACAAUCAAACGCUGAACGGAACAGAAGGCUCCAUAACAUCUCCCAAUUAUCCCAAUAACUACUACCACAACUUAGAUUUUUUUAUACGAAUAUCAGGACCCGAAAAAACCAGAAUCAUAAUUAAAUUCAUUCAUAUUCACAUCGAAUCGCAACUUGAAUGUUUAUACGACUACAUCGAACUCAAAUCUUUGUACAAAAAUGAGAAAAAAGCUUUUAAUGACGCUGUAAGGCUAUGUGGAAACCACGAAAGAGAUAUGGAUAGGUUCAACUUUGUUUCGGAGACUAAUGAAGUAGAAGUAAAGUUCCAUUCUGACUACUCCAUAUCAGACAAAGGAUUUUCUCUAAUUUGGUAUGCUGUGGAUGUUUCAGCUUGUCCAAUGCAAACGUUAACAGCAAAAGAAGGCACUCUUAUAACCCCAAAUUACCCAGAUUUUUUACUAGCCCAUUUGGACUGUACUGUAACGAUUCUAGCGCCAAGUGGUAGAAGAAUAUGGCUAGAGUUUUUCUCAGAGGAAGGUAACGGUCUAGAAAUAGUUAGCCAGUCAGAAGAUUUUUAUGUAGAAAUCAUGCUAGGAAAACAUACCGCAGUACAUAGGCCAUUUGAAACAGACGGUCUUCUAACGGAAGGAAGUUUUGUCUCUAAUGACGAGAAAAUGAAACUUAAAGUUCAUACUGGUGACCAUCCACUAGGUCCUGGAUUUAGAGCAUCUUAUAAGGUAACAGCAGCUGUUAAAGAAGAGAGAAUAGUAAAUUUAGGAAAUUUUUCGUCUGGUUUAUUACUACAUCUUAAUUACCCAGAUCGACCACCGUCAAAUGUUGAUUUUUUGCAACAUUUUAUCGCACCCUUAGGAAGUGUUGUGCUCUUGGAGUUACAUAAUGUUAAACUUAUCGAUGCCGACUGCUUGGAUCAUUCGAGUCUCAUAGAAAUUUUCGACAGCUAUUCAGACGCCAACGGAACUGUCUGGAAACUCUGCUACGACCCAGAAAUGGAGGAAUCCUUAUUGCCUGUCUCUCCCAUAUAUAUUUCUUCUUAUUUAAACACCCUGCACUUACGGCAAAUACAUGGUUCACAGGGGAUUCCUUUGAACGGAACACUAAAAGUUCAGUUCGAUGCUAAUUACAGGAAUAAAUUAAUAAAUUACAAAGAGUGGGAGGUGGAGUCAUGUAAUCCGAACCCUUGUCAGAACGGCGGAAAGUGUAUCAUUAAGAACUCUACGAAAUUCUGUCAGUGUACGGGAUAUUAUACAGGUUUGUUUUGUGCUCUGACGAAAUGUGAGCUUGAUCCGUGCGCUUUUGGCACAUGCGAAUUGACCGAGACGAGUUAUAAGUGUCAUUGUAAGCAGGGAUAUGUGGGAUUAACUUGCGACCAAAAACGCCGACCUUGCGAGGGAAACCCAUGCGAAAGCCGAGGAAUCUGCAUAGAGAGAGGAGACAGUUUUCAGUGCCAGUGUCAUGCCUGGUGGGAGGGACAAAGAUGUGAAAAGAGAAUGUUGCACAUUCCAUACAAGCCGCUGAGCGAACGAAUGCUUCACGAACCUUUUUGGCUAGGUCUCAUGACUGUAUUCGUCGUUAUGGGAGUUAUUGGUUUAGUAUGGUGUGCGAAACGGCACUUUCCAGAGAAGAUUGAAAAACUGCUGGCCGAAGAAGAUAGUAGAAACAGAAGUACAGUAUCAUCAUUGCGCAGUUCAUCAGUGAGAGAACAACUAGCAGCUUCAGCGGGAGGCACGGCCACCACUCCAAGCCAGAGCUCAGGACCAUCCUCGCGGUCUCUCUUCGGCAGAUUGGGUAUUCGAAAGCCGUCAAUUCUCAGCCUCACCAGCCCACACGCCAGCGGCUAUGAGGCGGCAGCCGCCCGUACAUUUAGUUUGGACGAUCUGUUAAAACCUCCCCCAAGACGCACUCCUUCACCUAAAAAGAAGAGAAAUAAUUCAACCCCCACCAAGAAAAACAUUGCCGACAAGAGACAAAUUCUUCAACAAUUAGUCUCCCCCAAACCGAACACGAAAAAAGUAAGUUUGGGGGAGCUAAUUCAGUUGAGUGAAAUGAAACCAGACACUGAUAUCAAGGGCGAAAACGGAAAACAGACAGAAACUAAGUUUGGAGGCUCCAGUGCCCAAGCAGCCCUUAUCGAUCCCAAGCUGGAGAAGAAAGUCACGUUUGCUAGGUUACUUAAUAAGGUUUCAGCAGAAAUGAGCUCUGGUAGCGAAGUUGAACUUGGUAUUAUGCAAACCAACCGCUUGGGAUGUAUGUUUGCAAGGCCAGCCAGUACCCCGCCAUCUCCUAGCGUGGACGCCAGGUCUCCAAACAGCACAUCCAGCAACCAAGGUAGUGACUCGUUCACCAGCUCAGAUCUAGCUAUUCCCAGUGCUUUGAGUACAAGUAUUUCAGAUUUGCUGAUCAACAGGAGACACAACCGACUGCCAAAUGGACGACAGAAGCCCGCUAGCGCUGAUUCUAUCCUAGCGAUGUUCCGAAACUUUUCUGCUAGUUCUGCAGCGGCUAACUACCCAUCAUCUCUAAAGAUCACGCCUUCAACUACGCCGACAGCUUCAAGUCCGCAGGAUGACAUUGUUGGAGACGACGACUCGUCCACUUCAUCUAUCCACACGCCAGUUUCCUUCUCCAGUGGAGCACCCGAGAGCCCGAUCUUUCAGCGUCACGCUGGACAGGGUACAAUUGAAGUGCCGGUGCUUGAUCCGUUAAGCGCACAUAAAUCGUCCAGCAUCGGUAGCAACUUGUUGCAUCCACCAACUAUCUUAUUGGAAAUACCAAGCACAAUCAAUAAGUGCCUUUCGCCUAUUAGGGAAUUGCCUACCCCACUACCCUCUCCCAUGCCAUCGCCAGCAUUGACACCCAUAGUUACUAGACGUAGCAAUGCUUCAUCCUCAAUGGAUGACGCUGAGCUUAGCGAUGAUAGGAUAUCAGUAGAAAUACCGAAUAUUUCUAUCAGCACCGAUUUUGAUGACGACGAAAUCCACUGUCCUGAUAUUCCGAUCGAUCCCCAGGCUGAAGACGGGCUCAUUCUGGAAGAAGCUGCAGCUCUACAACAAUCUAAUUUAUAUAGAUUAAAAAAUCGACCACCUCCAAUUGGCCAAUCGCAAGAAAGAAGCAAACCAGCAAUUACCAUUACCAUCGAUCCCCCACCUUUAGUAAUCCCAACCCUAACCGUUCAAACGCCAUCACCAACAAUUCCCAAACUGCCUUCACCGACUUUUCCCGGAUCCCCUCCCCCACAUAGAGCUUCUAUACCGAAUACUUCUUGUUUUCAAUUUCCCUCUCCUAAACAGUCUCGAAAAAUGCUGAAGGAUUUUGACAAGCCUACAUCGUUGGAUCUACCCUGUGCUCCGCCAAUGAUUACCAUUACGUGUAACAUGAGCGAGAUAGAAUCAGAUACAGAAUCUAUUUCACCGGCGGUAAAGUCAUCUGCUGGUUUGGAAGGUCCUUCUGGGGGGAUGACAUACUUGAGUCCUUUUUCGAUGAAUCCAAGAGGAGAACAUACUGCUUCUGAAAGUAAUCUGAGUAGCUCUGGAUACAGCUCUAUGGCGAGUCCUGGUCCGUCAAGAUGUAGCUCAAACAAUCCCUUGUGUCCUACAGAAAUGGAUGAUCAAGGGCCUGGUGGGUUUCACAGACGACAAUCGCUAACACCAGUCUUAAAACUGAAUCCUGGGACUUCUAACUCUUCGCAACAAGGAAACUCUGAUGAACGACGUGGAAGAUCUGAUUCUGAGACUUUAUCAGAUGAUCCGUUGGUAGAGUCCAACGAUGAAGGAAUAGGAACGGAUCAUAUAGACGAAAAGAUAGAUGAUGGUGAUCUUAAAAGCGCCAAAGAGUUAGAGGUAUUUAUGGUUACAGAAGGGGAAACAUGCAAGACUCUGCUUGAUUUACCCAUAGCGCCAGUUCCAAGAGUGGCUAAAUGUCUUAGCUUAGAAGAAAAUGUUGACAGACUGCUACCGCCUUUAUCUUCUAGCAAAAAUUCCCUACAAUUGCCGUCAAUAGUAGUGCAAUGUGAAUCACCGGGAUGUGAAAAACAUCUUAGUCCGAUGAGUUCUAGAAGCGAGAGUCCUUUAAGCGAUCGUACGUCUGGCUUAAGCCGAUUUUCACCCCAAUUUUACGGAAGACAUAAAGACUUACUACCUUUCACCGACUCCGAUGGCUUAUAUGAUUUUCCUAGUUCGGAUAAAGUGAACAUCACUUCCUGUACGCACCAUAAGAAACCCGGCAGAAAGAGAGAAAAGAAAGUACUGCGCAAUUGCAAAACGCCUAGUCCCACAAAACAUUCUCAAUUAACUUUAUAUAGUCACUUAGAUAUACCUAAUAAGGACUUAUAUAAAGUCCCUCCGCCUAGAAAGUUAAGUCCAAAACGUAGAAUAAAUCGUUCUCAGGUAGUUAGUUCAUCUUCUAGUUCUGAUAGUAUUACUUCGACCAGUAAAGAAGUUAGGCUUUCCUCUUCGAGUCCAAGUCCAGAUACUAUCCGAUGGUCAUCACCUGUAGCAUGGUUAGGAGAGAAAUGUUCCAAGCCUACAGAAGAAAUAUCUCAGGACUUGCAAGAAGUUGAAUCGUUACCUUUAGCUAAAUCACCAGACUUUUCUAAAAUUCACUAUGGCAGUCAUCAAAAAGUUGGUAGACUACGAGCAAUAAGUCAUCAAAUAAGGUUCUUAAGACGCCUCGAGCAAAGUCUAAAAAAGAAAGACCGGACGAUCAGUCCAUCGGACAGCUUCGACAGCGACGACGAAUCUCCUCGAGCCACUUCUCCGCUUUUGCAACCGUCGAAGACUAGCAAAGUUGAGAUCAGGAAGAGCAGCAGCAUCGGAAAGCUACAGGGAAAUCUUAAGGAGAAACGCAGAGGAAGAUACGUCAAACCUGGAGACUUUCUACCACACGAGCAAUCAUCGCUAAAAGUUGUUUUGACGGGAAGUGGGUACUCCGAGUGAGGAGUCAUGGGAUUUGAGAUAAAAAAAUAUAUUACUGAUUGAUAAUGUCUUUCGAUAUAGGACAACCAUGCAUAUUCUCUGUAAAACAAUAAAAUACUUAUAAAAUAUCGAAAAAAUAUUAUCAAAUUUAAAGUUCUUUAAAUUUGAUAAGGAAUAAAGAUCAUACAGAAAAUUUAAAUAUGCAAAAAUGUUUGAACACCAUCUCUAGUCAAGCAUUAUAUUUUAUCAAAACUAUAUUUUUAAAGAGUUUCUUUUUACAUCUAACCUAUUUCACAAAACUGUAACUUCCUCAGAUGUUGAGUUAGACUUAAUGACGAGUGUCUUUAUAAUUUUAUUAUUAGCACGCUGAACUAUACUGAGUACAUUCUUAUAAAAAAUAUUUAUGGUGAUUCAUUUUGAAAAAUAUUUACACAAAAAACUAGUUUUAAUUAUUUAUUUUUUAUAUAUGCAGUCUCUGUAGUUCAGAAGUUUGCUAUAUUUUAAACGAUAUUGUUGAAACAUAGUGGAUGUACGCAACUAAAAAAAAUAUUUAACCUAAGCACGUUGCCUAGACAUAGCUUACAUGUAUAUAAAUAAUCCAUUAGAACUCUAUGAAAAGCUUGUAUGUUUCUAUACCAGCAAGAACCACACGCCAAGUUAAUUUUAUAUUAGUUAGCUUUGGAUUUAUUUACAUGUAGGGUAAAUCUAGCACCGAAAAUAAUAAAAAAUGCCCUUUCACCAGGUUUAAAUAAAAAAUCCCAUAUUUCUCAUCGCAUGGUGCUCACUUCUCACAAACGUUAUUUCCAAAUAUCGCAAAUGCCAGUACAAAAAUGCUUCAGUAUAUUUUAAAAUCCUUAAUAUUUACGUUCCUUAUGUAUAUUAGUGAGUAUUGGCAUUUCUAAUUCAUAUAAUAUAAUGUAUCUUCUUUUAAAUAAUAAAUUUUUUAACAUUUUGAUGUUGUCAGCGAAUAUUUAUCUAUGUACCUGCCCAAUAUGCAUUUAAUGACUAAUGUUAUAAAAAAAGUUCAAAGAUAUUCUUUUAAAAUACAACAAAAGCAUGUGAUCGUUAAAAAUUACACUAAUUAUGUAUGUUGUUUAACAUCUGACAAAAUACCUAAAUGUCGUUUCACAGGAUUUUUUCAUUUGUGAAAUAUUAUAAACUUAUUAAAUCCGUUUUUAUUCGUUCUAUACUGGACAUCACCAAAAAAGCUUACUGAUUUAGGAGCUCUUGUUGAAAGUUGCAUUCAUUAUAUUAAGCUAACUUGUCAUUCAUUUUUGGAUUUACAUUGUUUAGGUUAAUAUUUUCGUUAAUAGCUUAUUACAGCCUAAAAAUGAUGAUAAGUAGAUCAUGAGAGACACGUAGUGUCGCAUAAUUAGAUUACAUUGCAGACAAUGGACAAUGGACAUUGGCGCCAAAAAGCUGCUACAACUCAACCAAGAGAAUAAACCCUACACAAAAAUUGUACGGGUCUGCGGGGUAAAGUAUUAAGUCAACCUCUCAAUUCUCGUAAAAAAGUAAAUUAUUAAAAAAUAGGUACACAAGAUUAAAACGAAUAUUUAUAUUAGCUACAAUUUCCACGAUCUUUCAAAAAAUGAUAAAUGAAGUUAUUUAUCAAAAAUGAAAAACCAGUUUCUCGUUGGAACUUUACCGCGCUGAGCAGAUGGGACGUGAAUUGUAAAUUGUAGAAUUUCCUCAUCUUCCUUAGUCCUAGUAUCCGUAUGGCUUGCAAAUUGUAGAAGCCUCGGAGGUGUAACCAGAGAAGGUUCCCAUUGUUUUCAUUCUGGUGGGAUGUAGAAUAGCAUUAUCUUGUUUUAUAUGCCAUUAGAGUGAAAACCUAGUCUUUUUGAAGUUAUUUAUAUUUAUAUACAUUUGAAUGACUAAAAGUUAAUAUUUCCAGGAUCACUGAAAUGAUAUGGCAAGGGUUUUAAAAUUAAAGAAAUCUUAGUUAUUUCUAUAAUCAAUUACAAAAGAAAAGAGCUUAACAGUAUGUUUUCUUAAUAAUGCAGAGAAUAUGAAUUAAAAAAAAAACAAUAAACAAACAGUUAUUGAAGGGUAACUACUAGAAUAAAAUAAACACGAUCGAACAUCUACCCGAACAAAUAAAAAAUUAGACUUGCACUAGAGUUAUUACUAUUAGGGUUAUGAUAUCCUUACAUAAUGGUAGAAAAGAAAGGAUCUUAUAAUAUGAAAUUAUGGACAAAUAUUAAUUGAGAUAUGCGAUCAAAAUGAAUUCAGAAUUAUAAUGGAUGCUUUCCAUACAAAUAGAUAUACCAAUAUUUAUUCGCACUAAGAUUGUUUGGCCAACGUAUAGCUAAACACAAUUUGAAUUAAUUAUUUAUAAUUGGAAUAUUCUGAUCUACAAAUUUAUAACAAGUUGACUAUUUUUUUAUAGUAGAGAAUUUAACAAAACAUAAUGAAACUUAUUCAAAUUGCAUGAUAUUUCACGAAAGACUACUUUAUAGUCACUAAGAUGCAAAGAUUUUUUAAGUAGGAGAAUUUUUUACACAACUGCGAUGUGUAUGCAUAUUUCAUAGAUUUCGAGAAGGCAUUUGAUAAAGUCCCACAUGGAAAAGUAAUCGAUAUCCUAAAAACAUCAGGAAUCGAUGGUAAAGAUAUAAGACUCGUCUCAAACUGAUAUCUCCAACAAAAAGCAACAGUUCGAUUCGAAAAUGAACUGUCCGAAAUCUUCACAGUCGAAAAAGAAGUUAGACAGGGUUGCAUACUGUCACCAGCAUUAUUUAACAUAUACUCUGAAAACAUCUUUAGAGAGGCCUUGGAUGUAUCAGAAGAUGGUAUUGCAGUAACUGGACAACUUAUAAAUAAUAUUUGAUAUGCAGACGAUACAGUAUUGCAGACAGAUAGUGCGCAGGGGCUCCAAAAGAUCAUGGAUAAUGUUGUAAAAGCAUGUAACAAAUACGGCCUAAAACUAAAUUGUAAGAAGGCAAAAAUAAUGAUCAUUAGUAAAAUCACCAACAUAAACGCCCAAGUUACCGUAAACAAUACACCCCUAGAGAGAGUACAGAAAAUAUGCUAUUUGGACUGCAACAUUAAGUAUACUUGGGAUCAUAGCUACGAAAUAAAAACUCGUAUUGAAAAAGCCAGAAGCUCUUUUAACAGUCUUAGUAAAAUUCUGUGCAACUUGUCUUUAAGUAUCAAUAUGUAUAUGCAUAAGAAUUCUUAGAUGUUACGUCUUUAGUGUCCUCCUCUACGGAGUUGGCAGUUAGAGGCGUUUGAAAUGUGGUGCUACCGACGUAUGUUGAGGGUCUCAUAUAUACACCGCAGAACUAAUAUAACUAUUUUCCAGAUGCUAAGAAAAGACAAAUAAAUAAUUAACACCGUAAAGAACAGAAAAUUGAUUGGCUUAUUUCGGUCACAUUAUGCGUAACGAAAAAUACCGACUGCUACAGUUGAUUCUACAAGCCAAGAUUGAGGGCAGGAGAGGCCCUGGACGUAAGCGUAUAUCCUGGCUGGCCAAUCUUAGGAAGUGGACUGGUCUAACGUCAACUGAUCUAUUCCGAGCUGCCGUAAAUAGAAUAAGAUGGGUCAAUGUGGUUGCCAACAUCUCCAGAAGAUAGGCACCUUUAGCACAAGAAGAGAGUUUUUUCCAGGAUUUUUUACCCCAUUCGGGCGGAGUAAGGAAGAUAAAUACUCCGUGAUUUAUUAUUAUGAGGGACUGAACAUCUAGAUUAAUAAAUUUUAAAUGUAAUUAGUACGUAGUUUAGUACCUACUAAAACACUUUCUUCAAAUAUCUCCAAAAAUUUUAAUUGUAUAUGCACAAUCGCAUUAAACUCAUGCGAAACUAGUAGAGACCGAGACUGUGAUUAGUUUGCUAAUCUUUUCUUGUUUGUAGUUCGUAUCUUUCUCUUGAUAUGCUCUUGAUUUAUUAGUCGUAAGUGUCUGAAGAGCCCACAAGUGGGCCCUGCCUAGAUAUACCAUGCCAUACCAUGCUCUUGGAAAUUAAAACUUUUUGACGGCUUAAGUAUUUAAUUAUUUACGCCUCAUUUUUAGAACUAGGUAGUUUUUUAUCAGUUCAAAGUGUAAAUUUUUUAGUAUAUCUAAAAUUUUUCAUUCAUUAUUAUUUAGUACAUAAAAGUUUUCAUUCAUUUUUGUAAACGUGUUAACCAAGAUACAUAAGAAACAUUUUAAUAUUUUUCUAUUGAAUGCAUAAUUGAGAAGGUCCAAAUAUAUUAUCUGUUAAAUAAUAAAAUUAAAUAAAAUGGAAUGAAUAUAAACAAAUUAUAAUAAAAAAAUAUUCUAAACAUCGAACAAUCAUAAAUUAAGAAUUCCGUGUGCAAUAUUUCAAAGAGAAAACUAAAAAAAAAGUAUUUUACCUAAAUUUGUUACAUGCUCAAUUCGUGCGAUCCCUGCCCGGAUUACGUUGAUUAUAGGCCUUAUUUAGUAACGUUAGUUAAAACGUAUAUAACAACAAAAAUAUGCCAAAAAUUUUAGAGAAAUCUUUGUUGUAUAUUUCAUGUUAGUCUGACAGUCUUAAUCAAUGCAAAAAAUGUUAAAUUGGUAUAUUAAAAAAAUGGUAUAUUUAUAAUAAAAAUCCUUUCGGGCCAUAGAAAACAAAUUUCUACCAAGGAGAAAUUAUAUUUUGUGCCCACCCAUACUUAACUCAAGAUAUUAUUUUAUUUUUAAAAAUAUCGAUAGAACCAAAUUAACAUUAAAAAAAAGUGGUCUUUUUAACAGUAAAUAAUUUUUGAAAAAUUUUGGAUCACAAAAUAAAUAUGUUACAAGGGAAUACGCAUUAGGUGGACAUUUUUUACCCACCCUUGGGCGUUUAAGUGUUAAGUUACAACUAACUUUAAACUGAUAAGCGCUUACUCAAUUUAACGGUAUUUGUACCUUAACAUCUGAAAAAGUCACAGUAUGAUAAAACAUUAUCAUGUAUAGAGUGAUUUUUUUUUAAAGUCAAAUAUGCGUUUAUUUAUUUUAUAAAAAUAAUGAAUUUUCAUUAUCUAAGGGUCUCCCUACUGUUAUUUAUAUACAAAGAACCAAAUAUAUUACUGCAGUUAACUUGAAGUGUGCAACAAAGGACAAAAUGAAAAAUAAUAUUUUUGGCAUAUUGUGCAGUCAUUCAAAUAUCAUCAAAAUAUUACUCAUAAAAGUUGUAUAUAAAUUUGUCCAUUAACGAAGUUAAAAUAUUAAUAAUUAAAACGCUAUGGCUAAUCCACAGGUACAAGUAGUAUGUUAUGUACCAUAGGAACUAUGAAGAUAUGAAAAAUAAAACAGGACACAAUAAAUCGCAAUUCUAAUAGUCAUUCCACUUUAGUAAAUAAAUAGUAAUAGAAGAUAACAGGAAUGCACAAAGCAAAACGAUAAAAAUACAGAAGAGGAACUUGAUAUGGAAAUUGUUUCCAGAUAAUUUCGGAAAUAUGAAAAAGGUGUAUUGCAUCUACAUUGAGACCUAUUAUAUCGGAAAAUGAUGGAAAAUAUUUUAAAAGAAUUUAUUAAAACAUGGACCUAACACGGUGAUAACAAAAAUUAUAAACUUAUUUUAUUAAAUCUUUAUAACAAGGAUUAUAAGACGGUGUUCAAACAGCCAAUAUUAGAUUAUGUCGACGAUACUAAUAGCAGACGCAGAUGUCGGUUUAGAUGUUGUGUUGAAUCGAUUAAUUAAUACAUAUAUGCAUGAUUUUGAAAGGCGAAUCAGAUAAAACAAAACCAAAACAGAGAUAAGUCGCAGGGAAUAAUAUCAACACAAUUGCGUGGGCUGUUGAAUAAAUAACUAAACUAAAUGCUGAAAAAUAAAACACAUCUAAAAAUGGCCAAACCAGAAAUGGUUUUGUAAAACUGAAGAGGUUGAGGUGAAUGGUGAGUUUACUGUACCGAGAACAGACAUAGAACUUCUUCUUUUUCUGGAACCGACUCCUAAUGAAGGUUGAUAUAACCAUUGUAAAUUCGUCUCUACCUUCGGCUUUUCUUAAAAGUGUUUGUGUGUUUAACCCGGCCCAGUCGCGAAUGUGUGUCAGUCAAGAUAUUUGUCUUCUAUUAGCACACCACCUUCCGUCGAUUUUAUCCUUUAUAUUUCUAACUAGAUACUUAUUAUUUUUAAGUAUGUGAUCCAAAUAUACUCCUCUUAAUGGUGGUCAAAAUACUCUGUCUUUUCCCAUGUUUUAUAACAUUAUUUCGGUCGUAAUAUCCGUCCAUAAUAUUUUUAAAGUCUUCUAAAAAGCCACAACUCAAAAGUUUCCAACCUUUUAGAACAUUGAUAUACUAUUUUUACGAUCCGAUGUCGGAUUAGGAGAUUGAGUCUUUGAUUACUCAUAAAUUCCCUCACUUCAAAAACACUACUCUUGAUUGCUCUAUUAUUGAUUAAAUUUCUGGUUCUGGAUUUAGAUCUUCAGUAAUCCAGAUUGCUAAGUAUUUCAUUGUACCAACUUGUUUAACAUCUUCAUUUUUUAUCUGGAUCCUUGUUAUGAUUACCCCUCUGAUUAAUAACCCUGGAUUUUGUUUCCUUUAUAAUUAUUAUUACUAGUACUACUAUCGGCUUACAGCGUUCUCCGACGUUUUCCGACUCCUAACCGCCAUUUUUCUCUGUUUAACCAUAGACCUGGAGAGAUUUCUCUUUCCUCUAGUUUUAUUUAAUUCCCUCUCUCCAGCUUCUUCUCGGCCUUCAUCUUUCGCUUCUCCCUUGUGCUGUCCACGCCAAAAUAUGUUUAGGGAUUUUGUCAUCUGGCAUUCUCUGUACAUAUUCUUACCAUUAGUUGUUUUUUUAUGUCAUCAAUUAUUGUAUGGGUGACUCCAUCAUUUUCGUAUUCUCUUAUUGGGUAGUAGAUCUCUUCUUGAUUUGCCUGUUUAUAAUUAUUAUUAAAUUGUUAAAAUAUUCACCAGAACCGUAAAUUAUAUAUACUAAAGUGUGCAGGUAUUCCUCAUGACGAAUAUUUUGCUAAAAAUCAGCUGAAGUUGGAGACGAGUUUGCUGUUGCAAUUGCUAACCUCCAUUGAUGUAAACAGCAUCCGCAGAAUAAAAAGAAGAACAAGGUUUACACCAUUCAAUACAUUAUGGUUCUUACUUUAAAGAAAUCAUUUCUAUAAAAAACCUGAAAAUAAACUUUACAAGUUUAGUUAGUACAAGUUACAGUCGCAGAUAUGACAGCAAUAUUAUAAAUGGUUCUAUUGGUACAAAUAUUACUUGUAGUACUGAACGAUUACUUCGGCGUCAUAACAAUUGUAUAUACUAUUUUGAAUGAUAGAGAAAAAGUAUUUAUGCUGUUUUUAGGCAGCGUGAUCAAGGCUUGUAUAUGAGACUGAUUUUCUACUAAAGUUUAAAACUACUUCUUGUUAUAUAUAUUACUAGUAUUGCACUCUCUUUCAUUCCUGUUACUCCUGUCACCCACAUAUAUGUAUUGUAAGGUUUCUUUUGUAUUAAAAUUGGGAAGAAUUUAUUGUGGUUUCAUAUUUUUAUGAAGUUAUCUGCAGCUGCUUUCUGUGAAAGUAACUAUGCUUAUUAGUUUUUUAAAUUCUGCUAUUCGCUGUGUGCAAGUACUUGGAGGGGAUACCUACGAGAAACGAUCGUGCGCUAGUAGCGGAGAAAUCUUAUAAUUUUCUGUAAUUAUGAAAUUGGGCAUUAAUGUUGCUCCACAAUAUUGAUAUGGUAUGAAAUUAUUAAAGUGAAUUUAAUUAACUGUAAGUAUUUUACUUGUAAAACUCCAAUUUAAUAAUAUUAGUAUUUUACUUACUAUAUACAAUGUUUACCUUUUAAUAUCAUAACCUCAAUCUUACUUUUUCUUCUUAUUAUUUAUUUUUGCUAUUGCCUUGACAAUUAUCCAGCUACCAGGACUAAUAUAAUUGGUCAGUAUAAUUAAAAGUGCUACAAAUGUUGCUGAGCUAUGAAAUCGGGUGUCGCUUUUCCGAACUUGCACGGUCCCAAUAAGAUACACAAAUAAAUAAACAAAAUAAAUUAUUUGGACCUAAUAUGUUCCAUAUAUAAAAUAACAUCAUAUUGUUAUUAUUUAUCAUUAAAAUGAUUAAAGAACCAAAUAUAUGCAUUAUAUUAUUAACAAAAUAAAUUAUUAGGAUCUAAUAUGUUCCAUAUAUGAAAUAAUAUUAUAUUGUUAUUUAUCAUUAAAAUGAUUAAAGAAACAAUUAUAUGCAUUAAAUAAUGGUAUCGAUAUAUACAGGGUGUCCCAAAAUUCGCGGAACAGUCAAAUAUUUCGCGAAACGAACAUCGGAUCGAAAAACUGAAAAAUACGUGUUCAUAAAUUUUCAAAAAUCUAUCGAAUGGUACCAAACACGAUCCCCCACUCCACCCUCUGGAGGUGGAGGUGAAGGAUCUGCACCUGCGCCCCACCCCUGCGCCCCCACUUCCAGGGGUGGGGGGUAACUUUAAAAACUUAAAUGGAAAGCCCCAGUUUUUAUUGAAAAUUUGGAUUCCUUACGUAAAAGUAAGUAACAUUUAUUCAAGACAUUUUUCCAGUUGUGGAUAGAUGGUGCUAUAAUCGGAAAAAGCGAUUUAUGGUGAUAUCAUACGUAAAUUAUAGAAACGGUCUAAUAUCUUGAGAAAUACACUUCCAAAUGAAAAACCAAGAAAUACGUUUUUAAUAUUGUUUAAAAACCUAUCGAGUAACACCAAACAUGACCAUCCUCCCCGCCCCCUGGGGGUUGGGUGGAGAAUAACUUUAAAAUCUCAAAUAGGAAUCCUAAUUUUUUAUCGCAGAUUUGGAUUCCUCAUGAAAAAAUAAGUAACAUUUAUUCGACAUAUUUUUUAGAAUUGUUUAUAGAUGGCGCUAUAAUCGGAAUAUACGAUAUAUUAGCGCCAUCUUCUUCUUCAGGUGCCAUCUCCGCUACGGAGGUUGGCAAUCAUCAUAGCUAUUUUAAUUUUUGAGGCAGUAGCUCUAAAUAGUUGUUUCGAGCUGCAUCCAAACCACUCUCUCAGGUUCUUCAACCAUGAAAUUCGUCUUCUUCCGAUGCUUCUUCUGCCAUCUAUCUUUCCCUGCAUUAUGAGUCGUAGGAUGCCAUACUUCUCGCCCCGCAUCACAUGUCCGAGAUACUGUAGCUUAUUUUCUUUAAUUGUAAGUUCAACUUCCUUUUCUUUACCUAUUCUUCUCAGUACUUCAUU